AUGGCGGACUUCAAUCUCUGGGCGGCCGGUGCUGGCGCCUCGGCGACAGGUAAAGCCUCGCUCGAUUAUCGACUGCGGGCCAAACCCCAGGCGCUGAGGAUCGUCACCAACCUUCUCUUGAUCCUCAAAGCGCUCGUUGAAGAUUGUAUUGCCGAUUCUACGCCUUCUCAGGUCGCGACUACCACUCCCAGUCGUUGUGAGAAUCCCCCCCACAACCAAAGGGACCGGAUGAAGGAGGUUGAAGGGAACCUGAACCAGUUAGUUAGGCUUACUGUCGCAAUACGAAAAGCCGGAACCCAGUCUAGGCUUCAAAAGGCAGAUAGUUCCUUCAACCCUAGUCAUCCGCAGAUUCUCGCCCUGCGUCUCCAUCUCAUGGCUAUUAUUUUGUUACGUCCAGACGAGUAUGGCAGCUCCGACUCAAGCAUGAAGAUGCUCAGGGAAGACCGGAUGAAUAAAGCGGCCCUGGAUCCUAUUCAGUUACGUCUGAUUGAUGCUAACCUACGGAGGCGGGGCCGCUUUCUUUAUGCGCAAAAGCAUGCUCGAAAAUUGGGCCUUGGUUCACAUAUAGGAGAUUGUGUACCGCCACUCCAAAUUUCUGGACAGGAGAAUCAAGGACCACGUUCCCAUGUUUCUCUGACCAUCAGGGCUCCCAAGAUGACGGCCCCAGAUCCUGGGAAUGACGAGCCAGCGCAAAGUACAACAACCGCAACAGCAGUAGACACCCCGUUAGAACUCACCCAGAAACAAGAAGUCAAAACUCCUACAACAGUUAUAUCCAUCACUAGUUCUCAGAUACGCUAUCCCAGACCGCCUCCAAUCUCAGAUGCCCAAACGGUGUUCACUUGCCCCUGCUGCUGCCAAUCCAUUCCGGUAUUAAUAAGCCGUGGCAAUAAGUGGAAGAAGCAUCUGAUGGCCGACAUUCUACCCUAUACGUGCAUCCUGCCCGACUGCCCUCGACCCGAGGCUUUCUAUAUGACGCGAGAAGCAUGGACCAGCCACAUGGAGAAAGAGCACGACAGUACUUCCCAAUGGAUUUGCCAUUCAUGUAAACAAAAAGACAUUCAUACCAUAUUCAGAGACCCGUCCGCUUUCAGGAUGCACCUCGAAGAUCAACAUGGCAGAGGCAUUAAGCCGCACAGGAUACCAAUGCUACUCACAGCGUGGCGGCGAAAGGUUCCCUGGGAGUUAACGCAUUGCCCCUUGUGUGGGUUUGCAAAUGAUGAUCAUGAUCUGGUGCUUGAUCAUUCUGCUGCGCACGUGCACUCCUUCUCGCUAAGGUCAAUUCCUUGGGGGGCUAGUGACAUAUUGGAGGAUGGAGACUGUGACGACGAUGAUGAUGGAAACUACUUCAACAAGUACCCAUACUUCAACAUUGAAAACUCCUGCUCUGACUCUUCAUCAAAUGCACCUGGAACUGGGUCUAGUGAUGCAAGCUCGCAAGGCCUCCCAGACUUAGACUUCGAGCAGCCAAAGAACGUACCCCAUGACGGAAAGGUGCAGCUAACAGUGUCAUCUGUCGAGCAAGUCGCAGGUGAACUAAGAGGUCCAGAAAUUGCAAAAAGCUGGCUCGCAAUGCUUGACGUCAAUACCACUGGCACUAACCAAGACGUCAGUCAGGACGACACCGCAGAGACCUCUCCCGAAAUCACUCCGUCUUUCAGACCCCAGAAUCCUUUUAGAGUGCCUCAAGAACCUGAUAUAGCCCCAGCUCAGACAGAACGCCACUUGUUUGGCUUUGAUGGCCAUAUUCCCAACAUGUUUUCACCGCCGCCAAACCACAGGGGCCAGAGCCAUGCAGUUAACGAACUAAAGCUUAAAGGUGAAGCGCAAUUUAAUAAUGUGGAAGCGGAGGAAGAAGGCUUAGGACUUUCCAUACUAAAGUCUCAAACCCGCUUUCGGGGCUGGAACACCAAAGAUUUCCAGCCUCCCAGUACGCUACUAACACCAGCUAUUGAAGACAAGGGGGAAUAUCAUAUCUUUUCCAGGGCUUUAGACGGGAAACGUGCUAGCUGA